AGAGAGACCGAUCACAAAAUUGUUCCACCGAACUAAAAACAUCCCCUCCCACAGCGCCGCAGAUAUCACGAUAGCCAGCAGCUGCUUCAACCCACGAGUCAGUUAGAACAGCAAGGAUGGAUUACUCGCGCGAGGAAACUGUGGCAGCAGUGCAGGACUUUAUCGCUUUCGCUACCAAAAUGUACCUCGAUGAAACAGCCUACGAAUCACCCCCAAGCACCGGCUGGCCCAGCAUAACCCCCGACUCAAUGCGACCCUUUGGCAAGACAGACGAAGUCGUUGACCUCCUGCGCCAUCUCCCCUACCCGUCUGACGAGGACCCAGACAAAAGACCCCAGGUCAUGCCGGCGCUCUCCUUUGCCGCUUUCCAGUUGGACGACUUUGGGCUGUCCGAGUCGGCCGACGGAGCACGCACCUUGCGCAUCGCGACCGAGGGUUAUAUGAUCUUCCAGCAUGUGCCGGCCCAUGUCGUUGGCCUCGCGAUGCGUCAGCGCAACGACCACGGCGUGCUCCUCGAUGCCAAACUGGGAGUCGUGUUUUGGCACGAGGCCGCGACGGAGUUCAAGUGGCUUAGCCCGUUCCCCGUCGUCAUGGGCCUCGUGGAGGGGGAAGGAAAGGGGGGAAACGCCAUGGCCCCGGGCGAGCGGGCAUGGCGUGAGUGCGAAACUGUCUGGUCCAUACCAGAUUUCUUUGCCACGCUCAAGCACAACCUCAAAGAACUACACUUCGUCCCCAUGAGCAGGCGGCGAGUCGUGGAUGGGUGGUAUGGACCACACGAACACGGCCAGGAGGCAGUGGAAAUGGUCAAGGGCAUCUAUCGCGUACACGGGUGGCCCGAUCUCGAGCGCUAUCGCAAGGAAGACUGCAUGAAGGCCAUCUACACAGCGCUGAGCGAGAACUUCCCAGGCGAAGAAGACGAGCAGGACGGCGAGCUACUUGAUGCCUAGAAGACGACGAGACAAUGCAGUUGCUUGUAGGCUGUAGGGGCCUUUCCACCUAGUGUUCGGACAACGGGGUUUGGCCCUGUCUGCUGAAUCUGUUUCUAAG